AUGGGCCCCUGUACCGCCUCCUCAUGCUGCUGCCAGGCCCCUAAUCUGCCAUGGGCCCCUAUACCGCCUCCUCAUGCUGCUGCCAGGUCCCAGAGUCUCUCAUGGGUCCCUGUACGGCCCUCCCAUUGCUGCUGUCUCCAUCGCCACACUCUGCCAUGUGCUGCCACUUUCAGGUCUCCUCACACUGCUGGUGUGUUCCAUUUUUUGUCAUAGGGUGCUGGCAGAUUACGGGCCUCCCCAUAGCUGCUGCCAGGCCCCUAAUCUGCCAUGGGCCCUGUACCGCCUCCUCAUGGGUCUGCUGCUGCCAGGUCCCACAGUGUCUCAUCAUGCCAUGUGCCACUUUCAGGUCUCCUCACACUGCUGGUGUGUUCCAUUUUUUGUCAUAGGGUGCUGGCAGAUUACGGGCCUCCCAUAGCUGCUGCCAG